CGCUACUGUAGGCGGACGCUGGGUGGCACCAGCGCUAAACUGACUCUGGUCUCCACCAGUGCAACGCUGCGUCAUGACACUCGCCUCGACCACGGGGCCAGACGGUCUUACUUCUCCCCAACAAUUUGCAUCCAAAUUAGGCGUGUUGGAAUUGUGUGUAUAUAUCCCAACGAACACCACGAUCGAAUAGUCGUCCUUGCAAAACCCCAUAGCAUGAUCAGCCUCUGAAAAUACCAACAGAGCUCCGACGUUAACAUGGCUCCGCCGCCCGAGAUCGCCAUCCCUUCCACCAGCAUUUCCGAUGAGGAGUCGGGAAAGCCUUACACAUUAUAUAACAUUACACUGAGACUCCCCUUGCGGUCCUUUGUCGUACAAAAGCGGUACUCCGACUUUGUGAAGCUGCACGAGACGCUGCUUGAGCAAACUGGCAUCCCUCCACCACAACCGUUACCGAGCAAGCACUGGUUCAAGUCAACUGUCAAAUCCGCCGACUUAACAAGAGAGCGCCAGGUCGGAUUUGAGAAAUACCUACGAACGAUAGCCGAAUCCCCCGAUCGAAGAUGGCGCGACACGGCGGCCUGGAGGUUGUUUCUCAACCUUCCCAGCUCAAGUACAACAAGCUCAGCGGUUUCAGCCAACGGACGCGCAAGCAAUAUUGCAGCUGGAGCAGCCGACCCUGCAACAUGGCUAGAUAUUCACAGAGAAUUAAAACAGUUGCUUCACGAAUCAAGGCUAGCCAUCUCGAAACGAGACAGCGCAGUUGAUAGUGGUAAUACUACUGCUGCGGAACAAGCGUCCAUGACGGCACGAAGAUCUGCGGCUAAGGCGGGAACCUUUGUAGCAACAUUAACAGAGGGAUUACGCAAGAUCCAAGACACUGGAAAGCUAGGUGAUGGCGAGUUGCGCCGGCGUAGGGACUUGCUCUCUGCAGCGAAAAUGGAAAAGGAAGGACUCGACAGGCUCGCUAGCAGCAAGAUUAGCUCAAGAGAUCCAAUAAACCGAGGGACUGCUGUAUCUGAUACAGCAAGCUCAUCAAGAAUAAGCAAGCCGUCGGGACGAAUCUUGGGUGGACAGGCUGUAGAGACGGUCAAGACAAAGGAGCUGGAUAAUGCCGGUCUGUUGCUACUACAAAAGCAAGAGAUGGAGCAACAAGACGAGCAUCUGAACGAGUUGACGGCUAUUAUUCAACGGACAAAGAAGAUGGGCAUACAAAUGGAUGAAGAGCUGACGAUACAGAACGAGAUGCUUAGUGAGAUGGACAAAGACAUGACCCGACUAGAUGCGAAGAUUAAGGUUGGAAAGAAUCGCUUGCGAAAGUUGGGCGAAUAAUUAUUGGUAUCCGAGCAGUUUCCUAUUUUGGGAGGCAUCCAUUACAUUACAUCUGGAAGCGUGGAGUUUAUUUUCCCUCUUAAGUUUCGCCAUAUUAAUACGUACAUUUUCAGUCCUAUAGCAUGCAAUUUUGGUGUUUGUACAAGCUCGUUAGACGGCAGGUCUAUUACUCGGAUUUACUCCGUUUGCCUCUAAAGUUCAUCCUAUAUCCAUCAGAAAUAUUGCUUACUAUUACAACAGCUCUUUCAUUCCGACACGAUGGCUGUUUCGCCUGUGACUGGAAGAACAAUUAAAUCCGUGUCAGGUGCCGGGUAUCUCGGGGCUCCUGCAGGGUCUUGCGCCAGAGAGACCCUCUCUUGGGCUUCGUCAUUGGCCUGGACGCGCCACGCGGGGAAUGGUUGCUAGGCAACGGCCACAACAAAGAGGCGAGUCGCUCAUCGACAACGACUGUCUUGCGUCAUUGUGGUGUCAAAUUUCGGCUAUUGUCACAUAGCGCACCAAAGAUGAUGGUGAUCCAAGCAAUUCCAAAACAGGCUUUGUCCUUGUCUCUAUGUUUUUUUUGCGAAGUACAAAGAACGUCUUAAUUGUUUUCUUUGCGCACAUCGUUUGGGAUGACGUCGCCUAGACAGCCCGCUGCUGGCGGUGGAGCUCCGCAAGUGGCAGCGGGCCGUCUCCUGCAGUAGUCGGCGGCGGUCUGGCACCAUGAAAACGUUUGUGUUUUUAUAGUGUGCCAACGCACAAGCAACUUCAUUGGCAGAGCAUCAUUGUCUGCUGUCUUUGACUGGAUCGCCGUAUUCGCAGCAGCAGCCUACUCGGCGACCUGCCACAAUGCUUUGUCUACAUACGCUAGCAAAUAUAGGACGCCCCUUUUGCUUCUAGAAGUUCAGGGACCUCUGCACCGCCACUGUAGCGGAGAUGGGAAAUGCAAUUAUGAAAACAAAUUAUACUUGAAUAGAGCAAAGUGAUACGAUGUGCUACAUCGUGUACAGCAGAUAAACAUAUACUGUACAAGUGUCCGUGAAAGCGAGAAACUGUCUGAAGAAAACAAACACGGCAGCUCGUUUCGUCAGCGCCGCGGGGAACCUUCGUCCACCUGCAGGUCGGCGACGCAUGCAUGCAGCCGGAGACGGGGCCAGUUUGUCGAUAGCGACAGGUUGAUGCGCUGGAGACUGAGACAAGCAAAGUGGCAUCUACCGCUUUGCCACUGUACCCUGGUCCGAAGAAGGGGACAAGUUGAAGCGACGACAUCGCCAGCUACUAGGGAGCCGCUGUAUCUAUCCCCGUUGCAAAACAGUAGGAGGAACUGUGCACGCAGCAAAGCAUAACCAGUAGAUGGAUGCAGCAGAAAGACCAGUAAUCUUGUACCUUGAUUGAAUCAUCAGGACCCUUUUUCCCCCUAUUGAUUCGCUGCACUGUUAUUUCACACCGGCACUCUGGAUGGGGC